AUGUAUGGGAGAGCAGAAUAUGUAACUGGCUCUCUGAUGCAAAAAUGGAAAGCCAAUCCAUGGACGUUCCUGGAACACCGGAGGAGUUGUCGAGUGCUCGUUCCCAUACAGGAGUUAGCGCCGAUCAGUAUGUUGCCUUGUGGUACAUGCAGGGUGAACCUGCCAUGGGUCGUGAUUUAUAUCGAGGGAGGAAAGGUUGCAGCCAACUUCUCUUGGUUCAACAACGAUUACUGCAAGAGCGUUGGUUCCAUUCAGUUGCUUGUACGUCUCGGACCACAGGUUGUUGGACACGAGUAUGGAUGGAUUCCAUUCCCAGAACCUGCCAACUUCGAUGCUGGAAAAAUCUGGAAGCCAGUGCACGUUAACAAUCACAAGGGAGACAUCUCUUUUGGAGUCGUUAACCUCCCAUGUGAAAAGCAAAUCUUUGCCAAAGUCGAUGUUCGUAACGAGUCUUAUGGAUAUGGUAACCAAGGAAAGGAACACUCGGCUCGUGGACCAGCUUGUGCAUCCAGCGUCAGUAUUCUUUGCCGCAAGGCUUUGCCAGGAUACCAACUCGAGGGAUAG